GUCAAGCUUCCCAAAACUCAAAGGAAAAAUGGUCAACAUUCCGAAAACCCGACGGACCUGUGAGUUUGUCUCGAUUAUAAGCCGGUCAUGCUAGUAUUGAUGCGGAAUGCCGCUCGUAGAUUGCAAGGGGAAGGCGUGCAGGAAGCACACCCCCCAUAAAGUCACCCAGUACAAGACUGGGAAAGCUUCUCUAUUUGCACAGGGCAAGCGCCGUUACGACCGUAAGCAGUCCGGAUACGGUGGUCAAACCAAGCCCGUCUUCCACAAGAAGGCAAAGACUACUAAGAAAGUCGUAUUGCGCCUUGAGUGCACGGUCUGCAAGUACAAGGCACAACUACCGUUGAAGCGUUGCAAACAUUUCGAGCUUGGUGGAGACAAGAAGACAAAGGGUGCUGCACUCACAUUCUGAUCCGUUUCCUUUCUCGCACUCUCCAUUAUAUUCCCGUCGUCCGAAACACUUAUGUCAUGUAUUCCAUGCACCAAAUAACCAGUAUAUGCUCGUGGUACACUGUAUCACUAACUCUUCGUUUCGCUUGAUAUAUUACCGAGAACUGCCCUCUUC